UCAAUAGAAUAUGUUUAUGUUUUCGUGAACUAGAAACACUAUCCUGACUAGUGACUAUAGUAUAUCUCGGACACAGGCUGUCGUUGUUCUGUUAAUGAUGAAUUUGUAGUUAGAAAAGAAAAAAAAAAUCGGAUAGAUGUUUACAGACAUGGAUGGAGAGAAAAAGAGUACACCACCUAACCUGGAUACGCCAGGGAAACAGAAGCUGUGGAGUUGGCUUAACAAAAAUCUAAAAAUUGAAAUGACUGAUGGAAGAGUUUUGGUUGGCGUCUUUCUAUGUACAGACCGAGACGGUAACGUAAUUCUUGGCUCGUGCAGCGAAUAUCUGAAACCUGAAGAUACUGUAAAUAUGGACGAGCCACGAGUGCUAGGUUUGGUGAUGGUGCCAGGUCGUCAUAUAAUAUCAAUUUGCCUAGAUGACGUUACGAAAUUUGCUCAGGACAUAAUGUGAAAUUACACGAAGGUCAAGUGAUAGUAGAAACGGACGUCUUUUUCUCGUCCAAACGGUGUUUAUAUGUUUUCAUGUUUGUGUGUAUAUUUGUCAACGUAAAUAUAUUCAUUAUUGAUAUAAA